AUGGCUCUUGUAUCCAGAUCCGAACGUGGAACAUUUAACGGAGGAAUUUAUAUGCCUGGUCAUGAAGAAGAUUGCCGUGCAUAUACAGAAGCUUUAAUUGAUAAAGUUAAUGAUGAACAGAACAAUGAAAAAGUGAAAUACGAGCGUAAGCUCUUCCAAGCCCACCCAUUACAUGGUGUGUCAAUCGGAAAAGACUAUCCAGAUAUUGUUGCAGCAGUUAUUGAAAUCCCUGCAGGAUCUAGAGUCAAAACAGAGCUUGAUAUUGCAACCGGACUACUUUGCGUCGAUAGAAUACUACAUUCUUCUACAGUUUAUCCAGCUAACUAUGGAUUUAUACCGGAAACUCUUGCAGGCGAUACAAAUCCAUUGGACAUAGUUGUUUUGUCAUCUAUCGCAGUUCCUGCACGUUCAAUCAUGCAUGCUCGUCCGAUAGGUAUUGUUGGUAUGACAAAUAAUGGAAAAAUCGAUGAAAAAGUCAUAGCUGUUUCAAUUGGUGACCCAGAGUACAACUUUUACACUGAUAUUACUCAGCUCCCACCAUUUAAACUCAUAAUGAUCAACCAGUUCUUCAUUGAUUAUAAGAAACUCGAGCGCGCAAAUGUAAUUGUCCAGAAACCGAAAUCAGCAGAUGUUGCCAAACGUGUUGUUACUCAAUGGCAUGAAAACUACCUUAAGACAUACAAUCUUCUAGAUUCGACUGAAAAGAAAUAG